UCUCUCUCUCUCCCUCUGUCUCUGUGCAACACUGCGACAAUGGAUCCCGUGAACGUUUGGGGCAACACCCCUCUCGAAACCAUGGAUCCGGAGAUCCACGACCUCAUCGAGAAGGAAAAGCGUCGUCAGAGCCGAGGAAUUGAGCUCAUUGCCUCAGAAAACUUCACUUCCUUCGCCGUCAUCGAAGCUCUCGGCAGCGCACUCACCAACAAGUACUCCGAAGGCAUGCCCGGCAAUCGAUACUACGGUGGCAACGAAUUCAUCGACGAGAUCGAGAAUCUCUGCGCCAGCCGAGCCCUCAAAGCCUAUCGUCUCGAACCCACCAAAUGGGGUGUCAAUGUUCAACCAUACUCAGGUAGUCCCGCCAAUUUCGCAGCCUACACGGCUGUUCUCAACCCCCAUGAUCGGAUCAUGGGCUUGGAUUUGCCUUCUGGUGGUCAUUUGACUCAUGGGUAUUACACUUCUGGUGGGAAGAAGAUCUCUGCCACCUCGAUUUACUUCGAGAGUUUGCCUUAUAAGGUGGAUUCAAGUACUGGGUAUAUUGAUUAUGAUAAGUUGGAAGAGAAAGCAAUGGAUUUUAGACCCAAAUUGAUCAUUUGUGGUGGGAGUGCGUACCCGAGAGAUUGGGAUUAUGGGAGGUUUAGAUCGGUUGCUGACAAGAUUGGGGCGUUGUUGCUUUGUGAUAUGGCUCACAUUAGUGGCCUUGUUGCAGCUCAGGAAGCUGCUGAUCCCUUUGAGUUCUGUGACAUAGUCACAACCACAACCCACAAGAGCCUGAGGGGCCCUAGGGCUGGUAUGAUCUUCUACCGCAAGGGUCCUAAACCAGCCAAGAAAGGCCAGCCAGAAGGCGCAGUUUAUGACUUUGAAGACAAGAUCAAUUUUUCUGUUUUCCCAGCCCUCCAGGGUGGUCCUCACAAUCACCAGAUUGGUGCUUUGGCUGUUGCUCUGAAACAGGCCAUGUCUCCUGGGUUCAAGGUAUAUGCUAAGCAAGUCAGGGCCAAUGCAGUUGCCCUUGGAAACUACUUGAUGAGCAAAAACUACAAUCUCGUGACGGGAGGGACUGAGAACCACCUUGUUCUAUGGGAUCUUCGCCCUUUAGGAUUGACCGGCAAUAAGGUUGAGAAGCUUUGUGACCUAUGCAACAUAACUGUGAACAAGAAUGCUGUGUUUGGUGACAGUAGUGCCUUGUCCCCUGGAGGGGUACGAAUUGGUACUCCGGCUAUGACUUCAAGAGGGUUGGUUGAGAAGGACUUCGAGCAGAUUGCAGAUUUUCUCCACCGUGCUGUGACAGUCACUUUGAAGAUUCAAAAGGAGCAUGGAAAGCUCUUGAAGGACUUCAACAAGGGUCUGGUGAACAACAAAGAUAUAGAGGAACUCAAGGCUGAUGUCGAGAAAUUCGCAUCCUCAUUUGAGAUGCCCGGCUUCUUAAUGUCCGAGAUGAAGUACAAGGAUUAGGUUCAAAAGCUUAUUAUGAUUUUUUUUUCCUCAUCAAUUUCUUUCUGGUGUUUGAAUCAUAAAAUUUUCUUCUGAAGUAUAAUCUUCAUUCGAAGUCUACUUGGAAGAAAAAUAAUGUUUGAUUUCUUGAUCCUUGGGUUUUUACAAUAUGGUAGGGUAGUAAAUUUUAUUUUGUUUAAUCAAAAGUUGUAGUUGGUAUCAGGUUAUGAGAAUUUGAGAGUAACCAUCCUCUAAACAACUUGAUGUACUACUGCUUUCAUUUCUUUUAAUACU